AUGCCUAAAGAAGAAAUCUACAACCUUCGCCCAUAUGGAUGGGAGAACGAUCCGGAAGUGGAAAGAUUCAGGCUCUCUACUCUCGACUAUCUCACAGUCCUGUCAUAUAAUCACUACGCCAUCUUCUUCCGGCUCGAUGAUUCCGCGAAGCCCAGAGCCGUCGAGGUCCUCAAGACAGGUCUCGAGAGGACUCUCGCGCAAACUCGACACUUGAACGGACGUAUCGAGAAAGACCCCUGGGGCGGCUACUCUUUCACCAAGAAGAAGGACGGCACCGUCCGCUUCGUCGUCCAGUGGCUGGACGACCCUGAGGAUGCAGACAAGUAUCCGUCCUUUGACGACAUCGAGAAAGCCCAUUACACCACCCUCGCGCUGGGUGACCUCAGACUCUGGGCCGUUGAGCCCAUGACCUACGGCGAGAAGCCCGAAGUCGAGUUGGAGCAGAGCCCCAUCACUUCGGCCUUCAAGGCGAACUUUGUUCGUGGUGGUCUCGUCUUCAGCCUCCACAGUCACCAUUAUGCGGCCGACGUCAUGGGCUGGGCCGGCUUUGUCCACCAGCUGGCCGAGAACUGCUACGCGUUCGCCAACGGGACCGCUUAUCCAGCAUGGGACCCGGCCUGCAGCGAUCUCUCCCGGCUCCUCAAAGAAGAGCCCCCGGAGGAGGAGAAGGUGGAAGGCCCCCCAGCACCCGACAAACAUCCCGAUCAUAUGGACGCGUCCUCCUAUCUCUUCCACCUCCCAAAGAGCAAAGCCGCACGUCUGAAGGAGCUGGCGAAGCCCGAAGACGGCACCUGGGUUUCGACUUACGACGCCUUCACUGCCUUCGUCUGGCGACACGUAACCCGCCUCCGGGCCCCAAUCUUCAAGCCGGCGCCGGACUCCAAACUCAUCUGGUCCGAGGCCAUCGAUAUGCGCCCGCGGAUGCACAGCCCGAAACCGCCCGCGCGCAUCCAGCAAAACGUCAUGUUUGUCGCUCUGUCUACGACGGCGUCCAUCCAGCAGCCCACGGUGUCUGAGCUGAUCUCGGAGUGGCCUUUCUGGAAAGUGGCCCGCUACGUUCGCCAGAUGACGGACAGCGUCACGCAGGAGAAUCUCGACGAGACGCUGAAGAUGGUGGCGAAGAUCCGCGUAAAGUCCAGCCUCAGCACCCGCGUCGACUCGCGCCCGCCCAUGUCGAUUGGGCAGUCGGACCAUCGCAGCGCGGAUAUCGUCUCAGCCGACUUUGGCUUCGCGAAGCCUGCCACGUACCGGUACUUGAUGAGCCACGUCUCGAACAACGGCGUCCUCGUCUACCCCUCGCGAGACCCUUCGGCUGAAUCGGACGAAGGCCCGGAGAUUGUCGUCAUGUAUGAGAAGGCUCUGGCUCAGACGCUUAUUGACGACCCCAUUUGGAAUGAGUUCUUUGAGUACAGAGGGAUAUAUGCCUGA